AUGACUCCGAUAAUCAACUACUUGGUACAUGAUGUUUUGCCAGUUGACAAGGCGGAGACCAGAAAAAUCCAGAUCAACUCGCUUCAAUACCAAAUGCAAGAAGGGGGAUUGUACCGAAAGACUUUUCUCGGCCCUCUGUUAAAAUGUCUCGAUCCGGAACAAGCUAGCUACAUCAUCAAAGAAAUACAUUAUGGCAUUUGCAGUAUCCAUGCCGGACCAAAAAUGAUCUUAACAAAGGUAAAAAAACGCAGAGUAUUAUUGCCCCGGGAUGCACGAAAGUGCAGUAAAGAGCUCCAACAAUGUGAUGAAUGCCAGAAACAUGCGCCGAUAAGCCUCCGAGCGAAGAAUGAGAUGAUCCCACUAACUGCCGCAUGGCCUUUUCAAAAGUGGGUCGUUUACAUAGUCGGACCCUUCCCACGAUCAAGCGGAAGCGCUCAGUAUCUGCUGGUGGCAGUAGAUUAUUUCACCAAGUGGGUGGAAGCUCGACCAUUCACGGUUAUCGCUGGCUAUAAUGUGACGAGAUUCUUCUGGGAGCAGAACGUGUGUCCCUUCGGUCUUACGCUAUACAUAGUGAGCGAUAAUGCAAAACAAUUUGCGGAGAAUCCAUUCAAGCGGUGGUGUGAGAAUCUGAAAAUUAACCAAGUCUUCUCGUCGGUCGCUCACCCACAGGGGAACGGACAGGUCGAGCAGAUAAAUCACCGAAUCGUCGAUGGUAUAAAAAGAAGGCUUGGUUACGAAGGCAAAGGAUGGGCAGACGAGUUGCCGAACGUACUAUGGGCUCACCGAACCCUACAAAAGACAAGUAACGGAGAAACACCGUUUAGUCUUAUGUACGGUACCGAAGCUGUGAUUCCUGUAGAGAUCGGACUCCCAAAUCAAAGGUGCAAAAACUGGGAGGAAAAUGAACAGGAGCUCCGAUCCAAUCUCGAUUUAUUGGAAGAACGUCGAAACAUAGCUGCAAUUAAAGAAGCACGGUAUAAGAAGAAGAUUGAAAAGUACUACAAUGCCCGUGCCAAACUUUAUAAAUUUAAAGUUGGAGACUUUGUGCUCUGGAGCAAUGAUGCAAGUCGCGUCGAGGCUCAUAGAAAGUUGACCCCAAAGUGGGAGGGACCGUAUUGCAUAAAAGAAGCUAGUGACAAAGGGUCCUACAUGCUCGAAAAGAUCGGUGGAACCCCCGUCCCAAGAACAUGGAACGGGGUUCGUCUGAAGAAAUGCUUCAUGUAG